AUGGAGGCGGAGGUUGCGUGAGAUCUGGGGCGGGCAGGGGCGCAGCGACACCGCGUGAGCGCCUUCCCCACCACCUCCCCCGUCGUGCUUUCCGCCGACCCCCAUCAUCUCGCUCUCACGCACACCCACACCGACACCGCCACCGCCGACGCCGCCAUUUUCUCCAUUUAUUGACGGGAAACCUCCUCUCCGCUCCCCCUCACCUCAACCACCGACGCCACCGUCCCUCGUCCUCCUCUCCGCCGCGUGCCGCGCACGGAUUUCAGAAAUUACAGUUCAAUAUGGCGACACCCUACACACCUAAGAGCAUCCUCAUUACAGGAGCUGCUGGUUUCAUCGCUUCCCAUGUCACAAACCGCAUUGUACGGAACUACCCUGAUUACAAGAUUGUCGUCCUUGACAAGCUUGAUUACUGCUCCAAUCUGAAGAACCUUCUCCCUGCCAGCUCGUCACCAAACUUCAAGUUUGUCAAGGGCGAUAUUGCCAGUGCUGAUCUUGUCAACUUCCUCCUGGUCACAGAGAACAUUGAUACAAUAAUGCACUUUGCAGCCCAGACACAUGUUGACAAUUCUUUUGGUAACUCCUUUGAAUUCACCAAGAACAACAUUUAUGGUACUCAUGUUCUUCUUGAAGCUUGCAAGGUCACUGGCCAGAUCAGGAGGUUCAUCCACGUUAGCACUGAUGAGGUCUAUGGCGAGACUGAUGAGGAUGCAGUGGUUGGUAACCAUGAGGCCUCACAGCUGCUCCCCACAAAUCCUUAUUCAGCCACCAAAGCUGGAGCAGAGAUGCUUGUCAUGGCUUAUGGGAGAUCCUAUGGUCUGCCGGUCAUCACUACCCGGGGAAAUAAUGUGUAUGGUCCUAACCAGUUUCCUGAAAAGCUUAUUCCGAAGUUCAUUCUUUUGGCUAUGAGAGGAAAGCCCCUCCCAAUUCAUGGUGAUGGAUCCAAUGUCCGAAGCUACCUCUAUUGUGAGGAUGUUGCUGAGGCUUUUGAAGUCAUUCUUCAUCGUGGAGAAGUUGGACAUGUUUACAACAUUGGAACAAAGAGAGAGAGGACAGUCACUGAUGUGGCAAAGGAUGUCUGCAGGCUUUUCAAUCUUGAAGCUGAUAAAGUAAUCCAGUUGGUCGAUAAUAGACCUUUCAAUGAUCAGAGGUAUUUCUUGGAUGAUGAGAAGCUCAAGAGUCUUGGGUGGUCUGAGCGCACUAGAUGGGAGGAGGGCCUGAGGAAGACAAUGGAAUGGUAUGUAGCUAAUUCUGACUAUUGGGGUGAUGUUUCUGGUGCACUGUUGCCUCAUCCGAGGACACUGAUGAUGCCUGGGUAUGAGGGCUCUGAGGAAAUUAAAGGAAUGCUAAAUCUGUUUACUAACAAUCAAACGAAGAUGGUGGCUCCAACAUCAGAAGGUUCUUCCCAAACUCGUUUGCUCAAGUUCUUGAUAUAUGGCCGGACAGGAUGGAUUGGUGGACUUCUUGGCAAAAUAUGUGAGAAGCAAGGAAUUCCAUACGAGUACGGAAAAGGUCGCUUGGAAGAGCGCUUUUCCAUUGUCCUUGAUAUCCAAACUGUUAAGCCAACACAUGUCUUCAAUGCUGCUGGUGUUACUGGCAGACCCAAUGUUGACUGGUGUGAGUCUCACAAGCCAGACACCAUACGUACCAAUGUUGUGGGCACCUUGACUCUAGCUGAUGUUUGUCGGGAGCAUGGGUUAUUGGUGAUAAACUAUGCCACUGGGUGCAUAUUUGAAUAUGAUGCAAAUCAUCCUGAAGGGUCAGGCAUCGGCUUCAAAGAAGAGGAUAAACCAAACUUCACUGGUUCAUUCUACUCAAAGACUAAGGCAAUGGUCGAGGAACUGUUGAAGGAGUACGAGAAUGUCUGCACUCUGCGAGUCCGGAUGCCAAUAUCGUCUGACCUCAACAAUCCCCGAAACUUCAUAACAAAGAUUAGCCGUUAUGACAAGGUGGUAAACAUCCCAAACAGCAUGACUGUAUUGGAUGAGCUUUUGCCAAUUUCAGUUGAGAUGGCAAAAAGGAACUUGCGGGGCAUCUGGAACUUCACCAAUCCUGGCGUGGUCAGCCACAAUGAGAUUCUGGAGAUGUAUAAGAAGUACAUGGAUCCCAGCUACAAGUGGACAAACUUCACGCUAGAAGAACAGGCUAAGGUCAUUGUUGCACCUCGGAGCAACAACGAGAUGGACGCGACAAAACUGAAGAGAGAGUUCCCCGAGCUGCUAUCGAUCAAAGACUCGUUGAUCAAGUAUGUCUUUGAGCCCAACAGGAAGGUCCCAGCAACUUGAAAGCCAGAACAGGUAAUAAUAUAGGAAAUAUAUACCAAGUACUGAAAGAUUUUAGGAACCAUUCGUCACAGCGAUUCAUUAGAAUGUUUUACUAUACUUCGCAGCAUAUGUCUGUUAUAGAUUCACAGCAUCGUUUGGCAGUCUGCUGGUGGCAGCAAGAUAUCUUGUACCAUGAUUGUUCCGAAUGAAUGUCGAGUACACUUGUAUACCUUUUAAUCUGAUUACCAUUUUUGGUGAAUGAUCGGGCAACCUGUGCUCUGACAAAAGCAUUUGGACAAGCAUUUUAACUGUUUAAGCUUUA